AUGCCGGCCGGCGCCGGCCGCUCUGCGCACCUAACCGCCGGCUUCAUCCGCGUGAGGCUGACGGAGUCGCAGUUCGUGGUGCAGAAGCCCUACGACGUGCCCCUCGGCGAGCGCUACCAGCAGUUCGGCAGCGUCCACCGCAUGUGGGUCUUCGCCACCGACAAGCCCAUCAGCGCCUCCCACCCGGGCGGCGCCCGCACCGAGAUCAAAGUCGACAAGAUCUACAGCUCCGAGGUGUGGCAGUUCGAGGGCGACGCGUUCGUCCCACCGGGCACGUCGGGGGCGUCAGUGAUGCAGAUCUUCGGCGCGGCGACGCACGCCACCACGCUGAUGCUGCACGUCUACGACGGCCGGCUCACCUACUACCACGACCUGAGCAGGGUGGUCGCCGCCGGUGUGUACGGCCGGUGGGUGCGGCUCAACGUCGUGCACGACGUCGCGGCGGGGAACGUGACGGUCUUCGUCGACGGCGAGAGGCGGCUGAUCGCCCCCGGGAAGGGCGGGACCGAGCACUACUUCAAGUUCGGGGUGUACAAGCAGUCGCACCACCAGCCGUCCCGGCGCAUGGAGUCGCGCUGGAAGAACGUCGCCGUCUACACCAAGCCGUCACUACCGGAAACCGCGAAUUGGAACGAGAAGGAGAGAGGAGGACAAGGAAAAGGAGGCCACGCCGCGCACAUCGUCAAGCCCAUAGGCCUGGUCCACUAUCAAGGACGGUACGAGCCGGCCUGGAUGUGGGACCACUACAUCGUCGCCAACAACGAUCAGUUGGAUCGGAGUGGCAGAGCCUUUGAGAACAAGGCGGAGCGGGUAAAGGGCGAGCUCUGGGUGUGA